GGAGUGGCACUUUUUAAAAGUGGAGCCUCAGGCCAGCCCCUAGCCGCAGCGUGUCUCAGUCGGUUGUCGAGUCCCUUCUGUCCCAGUCGUUCGUGCCUCUUGUCCCACGCAACUCCAGCUUGUACCAUGCCGGUCAAAGGAGGUAGCAAGUGCAUCAAAUACCUGCUCUUCGGAUUUAACUUCAUCUUCUGGCUCGCUGGCAUUGCAGUGCUUGCUAUUGGACUAUGGCUCCGAUUCGACUCUCAGACCAAGAGCAUCUUCGAGCAAGAGACUAACCAUUCCAGUUUCUACACAGGAGUGUACAUUCUGAUUGGAGCCGGGGCCCUCAUGAUGCUGGUUGGUUUCCUAGGCUGCUGUGGAGCUGUACAAGAGUCCCAGUGCAUGCUGGGAUUGUUCUUCGGGUUCCUCUUGGUGAUAUUCGCCAUUGAGAUAGCCGCUGCCGUCUGGGGCUAUACCCACAAGGAUGAGGUGAUUAAAGAAGUCCAGGAGUUUUACAAGGACACCUACCAAAAGUUACGGAGCAAGGAUGAACCCCAGCGGGAAACACUCAAAGCCAUNCAUAUGGCGUUGGACUGCUGUGGCAUAGCUGGUCCUUUGGAGCAGUUUAUCUCGGACACCUGCCCCAAGAAACAGCUUUUGGAAAGUUUCCAGGUUAAGGUAAACUGAGAAGCAACCCUCUGG